UCGCUUUUAGUCCUCCCCCGCCCACUUCCCACCCAGGGAGAGCUCGCAGCAGCUCGCCCAGCGUUGGGACCUACCACUGCCGGGGGCGCCCGUGGUUGCCACCGCCUCCUCUCCGCCGGGACCUGCUGCUGCUGCCGCUGCUGCUCCCGCUUUCCGUUCCCCGCCUCCUCUCCUCUCCCGGGUUCUUCUCUGCCGCCGCUUCGCGCUUCUUCUGUGGCCGCUGCGGCUUCUCCUUCUCCUCCAGCGCGGGUCACGCUUCCUCCUCACUGUCGGGCAAGCGAAGCCAGCCCAGGGGCUUCUCCUCCUCAGCCUGCCUGUCCUGCUCCAUUGACCCCUCUUGGCUUGCCUGCCCCCCUGAGGCGGCUUCCCUCGGCGGGGGCUCCGGCUUUCGCUCUUCAUCCAGCGCCUCCUGCGAGCCGCGGCCAGAGGCGCCUCCGCUUCAGCCACCGCAGAAGGAGUGCUGCUGCUGCUGCUGCUGCUUGCCGCGGCUAAGGUUUGAGCCCGCUUCCACUCUCUCUCUCUCUCUCUCUCUCUCUCCUUUUCCCCCCCUUCUCCCUCCCACAAACGGAGAGGAAGAGGCGGCUUUACCAACUCCACGUCGGUGCGCUCCGACGUUCGCCUUUUGGCAGAGGGAGAACCCGGCCGCGAAGCGCUAAAAAGCCACCAGGAGAGCAAGAGGGUGUGAUUCGGCCGUUAACUUCUUCGCCUGGGAGUGGAUGGAGAAAGGAAGGGGAAUGCGAUUGAGCCAUAUUUGCUGCUUCUUUUAUCAGCUGUGUUUCCUGUCAAAUGGGAUCACUUCAGGUCUGCAACCUUUGGGAGAUUCUGAGGAAUGGGAGAUUGUCUAUCCAGCAUUAUGGAGCAGGGGCCACCAGGAACCCCUUGGAGGCAGCGGUGCGGGAGGCAGCUGCAGCACUGAUGGAAACUGUGGGAACAACAGCAGUAAUAUUAGUGCUACCUCUAUGUCUACUCAGGGGGUGGGUAGUUCUCGUGAGGUCCGCUCGGUUUCUUCCUCAUCUGAUAGGCAGUUACAUCCAGUUGGAGAGGCCUUGGAGGUUGAAGUCUCAGAGGAUGAAUAUGAAUCUCAGGAGUUCUAUCACUGGUCUCCUCUUCCUCAGGGAUCUAAUGCUACUUCUCAGCCACCUCCUCCCCCACCUCUAUCUCCUUCCCCAGAGGACGGAGAUGAGGUGUUGCUUAGAAUACCAGCUUUUGCUCAGGAGCUCUAUCUGCUGCUGAAGAGGGACAUUCGCUUCCUGGCACCAGGCUUUGCAGUGGAAGAACGACUAAUGAAUGAGAGGAGUCUUCCAUACUCUGUCCAGAGCCAAACAGAGAGAUAUUGUUACUACAGUGGAUCUGUGCUACAUUAUCCUGGAUCCUUUGCUUCCUUCAGCACUUGUGGUGGUUUGAUGGGUUUUUUGCAGAUGAAUGAUGACUUCAUAUUUAUUGAACCACUCAAUCACACAUUGGCUGUGACAGGUCAUGCACAUCGGAUAUACAGACGUAAAAGAUCCAUACGUGAGACAGCCACUGAAAAACCUACUUCUCAUAGUCAGUACUGUGGUGUUCUUACUGAAAAAAGAAGAACCAAGGGUCUAAGAGGAACAGAAAGUGGUAGAAGAAAGAGAUAUUCCUAUAAAUUACCUCAAGAAUAUAAUGUAGAGACUGUAGUUGUUGCGGAUCCAGCUAUGGUUUCAUAUCAUGGGGCAGAUGCAGCCAGGAGAUUUAUUCUAACAAUUCUAAAUAUGGUAUUCAAUCUUUUUCAACACAAGAGCCUUGGAGUUCAAGUGAACCUUCGAGUGACUAAGCUAGUUCUGCUACAUGAGACUCCAGCAGAUAUGUAUAUUGGGCAUCAUGGUGAAAAAAUGCUGGAGAGUUUUUGCAAAUGGCAACAUGAAGAAUUUGGUAAGAAAAACGACAUUCAUUUAGAGAUGUCAACAAGCUGGGGUGAAGAGGUGUCACCAAUAGAUGCAGCCAUAUUAAUCACUAGGAAGGAUUUCUGUGUACAUAAAGAUGAACCAUGUGAUACUGUUGGUAUAGCAUAUUUGAAUGGGAUGUGUAGUGAAAAACGAAAAUGUAUCAUUGCAGAAGACAAUGGCCUGAAUCUUGCAUUUACUAUUGCCCAUGAGAUGGGUCAUAACAUGGGAAUAAAUCAUGACAAUGACCACCCAUCCUGUGCAGAUGGUCUCCAUAUCAUGUCUGGAGAAUGGAUCAAAGGGCAGAAUCUUGGAGAUGUUUCAUGGUCUCGGUGCAGCAGAGAAGAUUUGGAAAGAUUUCUCAGGUCAAAGGCCAGUAGCUGCUUGCUACAGACAAAUCCCCAAAGCCUCAAUUCUGUGAUUAUUCCUUCAAAACUGCCAGGGAUGACAUAUACUGCAGACGAACAGUGUCAGAUUCUCUUUGGACCAACAGCUUCUUUCUGCCAAGAAAUGCAGCACGUUAUUUGCACUGGAUUAUGGUGUAAGGUGGAAGGGGAGAAGGAGUGUAAAACUAAACUGGAUCCCCCAAUGGAUGGCACGGAUUGUGACACCGGAAAGUGGUGUAAGGCUGGAGAAUGUACCAGUAAAACAUCUUUCAUUGGACACAUGGAGUCAGAAUGGAGUACAUGGAGCACCUGUAGCAGAACCUGCAACACUGGAAUCAGCAGUCGACAGCGUAGAUGCUCUGGUCCAGUUCAUGAAGGGGGAGAAUGCCAUGGUUCCAGAAUACAAUAUAAAAUAUGUGAGAAUCCUUCUUGUCCUCCUGGAGUACCUGCAUUCAGGGACUGGCAGUGUCAGGUCUUUGCUGUUAGGCCAUCUUAUCAGAAGCAUGUACACCAGUGGCAGGCUGUGAUAGAUGAAGAAAAACCUUGUGCAUUAUUUUGCUCUCCAAAUGGAAAAGACCAGCCUGUACUAGUAACAGAGAAAGUGAUGGAUGGAACUUCCUGUGGCCAUCAGCAGCUAGAUAUAUGUGCAAAUGGCAGAUGUCAGAAGUUUGGAUGUGAUGGCAUAUUGGGAUCUUUGGCAUGGGAAGACCACUGUGGUGUCUGCAAUGGAGACGGAAAAUCCUGUCGAGUUGUUAAAGGAGAUUUUAAUCAUACUCGAGGAGCAGGUUAUGUGGAAGCUUUGGUGAUACCUGCAGGAGCAAGAAGAAUCAAAGUUGUGGAAGAGAAGCCAGCUCAUAGCUACUUGGCUCUUCGAGAUGCCAGCAAACAAUCUAUUAAUAGUGACUGGAAGAUAGAACAUUCUGGAACAUUCAACAUUGCGGGUACCACUGUCCAUUAUGUUAGGAGAGGUCUAUGGGAGAAAAUAUCUGCCAAAGGUCCAACCACAUCACCUUUACAUUUAUUGGUCCUGCUUUUCCAAGAUCAGAAUUAUGGACUACACUAUGAAUAUACUAUUCCUUUGGAUCCUGUCCCUGAGAAUCAGAGCUCCAAAAUAUCUGAUCCACUUUUUAUGUGGACACACUCAGGUUGGGAAGAUUGUGAUGCUGUGUGUGGAGGAGGAGAAAGAAAGACAACAGUCUCCUGCACGAAAAUUAUGAAUAAGAAUAUCAGUUUUGUGGACAACAAGAAAUGCAAAUAUUUAACAAAACCUGAGCCACAAGUCCGGAAAUGCAAUGAGCAGCCCUGCCAAACAAGGUGGAUGAUGACAGAAUGGACUCCCUGCUCAAGGACGUGCGGGAAAGGGACCCAGAAUAGGCAGGUGGCCUGUACUCAGCAACUCAGAAAUGGAACCUUGAUCAGAGCCCGUGAAAGAGACUGUGCUGGUCCCAAACCUACUUCAGCACAGCGCUGUGAAGGCCAGGACUGCAUGACAGUAUGGGAGGCAGGAGUGUGGUCUGAGUGUUCAGUAAAAUGUGGAAAAGGCAUACGACAUCGGACUGUAAGAUGCACCAAUCCUCGGAAGAAGUGUGUUUUGUCUACACGACCCAGAGAAGCAGAAGACUGCGAAGAUUAUUCCAAGUGCUAUGUCUGGAGAAUGGGAGAUUGGUCUAAGUGUUCUGUAACCUGUGGCAAAGGAAUGCAGUCACGAGUAAUCCAGUGCAUGCAUAAGAUCACAGGGCGGCAUGGCAAUGAGUGUUUCUCCUCUGAAAAGCCUGCAGCUUACAGGCCCUGCCAUUUGCAGCCUUGCAAUGAAAGAAUUAAUGUGAACACAAUUACAUCUCCUAGGUUAGCUGCCUUGACAUUCAAGUGUCUGGGAGACCAAUGGCCUGUAUAUUGCCGAGUGAUACGAGAGAAGAAUCUCUGCCAAGACAUGAGAUGGUAUCAGCGUUGCUGUGAAACCUGCAGGGACUUUUAUGCGCAAAAAAUGCAGCAGAAGAGUUGACCCACAGCAGGCAAGCUGGCUACCUCUCAGAUUUUCACAAUCACAUUAUUUAUAACACACACACACAAGCACGCUUCUUCAGACCAAAUAUUAUCAGAUUACAUAUAAUUUAAUCAAAUUAAUUUAUUGUUGCCUGCCAAUACAUUUUUUUAAAAUUUUGGUUAAAUAGCUUUUUGGUUUUGGUUUAUGCUCAGUUUUCAUGAUUAAUUUUUAUACAAAUUAUUUUGGAUACAUUUAUCAGAUUUUUUUUAAAAAAUGUUAUUUUAAAUGUUUAUAUUCAAUAGGAGAAUCUCUCUCCCACUCCUGCCCACCCUCAAAAGAGAAACAACUAACAUAGUACUGUACAUGGUAAGAUGGGCUAAAGUUGAUAAUUGGAAGUUAAUGAGACUUCAGCACUCUUAACUAUCCACUGCAUUGUGCCAGAUAGGAAGUCCUCAUAUUACCUUGAAUUCACUUUUGUUUAAGUAAAUGGUUUUGCUGUAUACAGGAAUGAUGUCCACUUUAUUUUGUUUAAAUUUUGGUGCUCAGAGUCAGAUUGACUUUGGAUAUUUUUCCAACAAGUUUUGGAAUGAGUUAAGCUAACAAAAUGCAAUAAGUUAUAUAACAGAAUGUAUUGGGAAACAAACCCUUAUUUUACUGAAGGCCAAUCAGAAGUGUCCCCAGAGAGGUGUUUACAUGAUGUACGUAUGUAAAAGUUUGAUCCAGAACUCCCCUGGGCAUAGCCACAGCUUUCCGAUAAUUUCAGUAAUUAUAACAGAAUAGUUUUUAAUUGACAGAAGAAAAGGAAUUAAUUCACUCCUACAGAAAGUGGGUAUGACUGCCAAUAUGGACAUCUUUUAAAAGGGGAUAGACAAAUUUAUUGAAUACAGGACUGUCAGUAGCUACCUGUCCUGAUAGAGAUAUACAGUAUUCCCUCCAAUGUCAGUGAAUGUAUGCCACAGGGGGACAAGUGAGACAGUGCUGUAAUACCCCUGUCCUUCUUGCAGCCUUCCAGUAGACAGUGGGUGGUCACUAUGUGGACCCGACUAGAUAGGCCUUUUGUUUGAUCCUGGAGGGCUUUUCUGAAUUCUAGGAAGCUGUGUGCAAUCCCCAUGGUUAAUCUGCAUCAUCCUAUACUUUUGCCAUAUAAAUGCGCUUCAGGGACUGUUGAGACACCUCAUGUUCGUAGGGUUUCUCCAUGUCCUUAUAAACAUACUGUAGGAAAUUAUCUACUGUAACUUAGAAAAUUUUAUGAACAAAAAGAAAAAAUGGCAAAAUAAGGGUUUUAAUCAUGUGCAUGAACAUAUACUUGAACACAAGUAUUGAAUCAAUUAAACACUGUAAAGAUUUACACUGAAUCUCUGUUGCACUGUUUGAUGUAGUGUAGAGAAACACCAUUUUAGAAUUUUCAACAUCCUAUGAAAGAACUCUGUACUGUUUUAAUAUGUCAUUUGCUUUUAAGUGUUUGAACAGGAGAUCCAGGCCUUACUCUCUGCGCUCAAGUGCAUACUCUUGGAAUUUGCCAGUGAUGAGAACCUAAUGCCUACCAUGAAUUAGGCUAAAUGUUCAGGUUUUAAAAAUGUUUUCAGAAAAAAAUAGUGAUAAAUCUCUUCUUUGUUUUUCAAAUUUUUUAUUAAAAUGCAGUUUUACAGUUUUGUGAAACGUGAGCAAGACAACAUUUUCCUUAUGAGAAAAUAUUGUACAUGUGUCACUUGAU